GUACCUGUCGUCACCGCGCUACAGUCUGCAGCGAGGAGUACUUGAUUAUUUCCCUCCUCUCUCCGCUUCACUCCAGUCCAGCGGGUGGCGCUAAAACACAUCCGUUUGUUUGCUAAACACCAUUAAACCUCAGAUGAAGUAGUUUAGUUUCACCGGGCUCUCUGUUGUUAUGUCGGGAUGCUAGCUUAAUACAAACGGUUAGAAACUGUUUCUGUUAAUAGAGAAAUCUAAUUUUUGGAUCAGGUCAAUAAAUACCAGUAAUAUUUUCAUCCUCACAGUCGUGACUAAGUUUUGAAGCAAGCAGGAAUAUCUGGAGGAGUAUCAUCUGAACUGAGGUCUGCUGCUGUGAAGAUGGUGUUUGUUAAAGAGGAGAGUGAGGAGACCACGAGUGAACCAGAAACCUGCAGAAUAAAACACGAGGAACCAAAACCUGGAGAAUAAAACACGAGGAACCAGAACCCUGGAGAAUAAAACAGGAGGAACCAGAACCCUGGAGAAUAAAACAGGAGGAACAAGGAGAGUUGAUUGAAGGAGGAGAGGAGAAAGAAGAAUUGAGUGAAGUUGAGGGAAAAAAUCACUUCAGAACUAGGAAAACUUUGAGUUGCUCUCAAACUAAACGGAAAGUUUUAAAGAAAAGAAGAGCCAAGAAAUCUUUCACCUGCACUCAGUGUGCAAAGAGUUUGACAAGCAAAUAUAGUCUUGAUAUUCAUAUGAGAGUUCAUACUGGAGAGAAACCGUUUAAGUGUUCACACUGUGACAAGAGAUUCAGUCGGUCAGGAGACCUGAAAACACACAAGAUAAUUCACACUGGAGAGAAACUGUUCACAUGUGAUCAGUGCGGGAAGAGUUUUGCGCAAAAAGGACACCUCACGGCACACAUGAGAGUUCAUUCUGGAGAGAAACCGUUCACUUGUGAUCAGUGUGGGAAGACUUUCACACAAUCAGGACAUCUUAGGAGACACAUGAACAUCCAUAAUGGAGAGAAACAGUGCCCAUGUGAUCAGUGUGACAAAAUAUUUUUGUGGGCUUCAGACCUGAAGAAACACCUGACAGUUCAUACAAAGGAGAAGCCACAUUCAUGUCAUUUGUGUGGAAAGAGUUUUUCAUGUUUACAAAAUUUGAAAAGACACCAGAAAAGACAUACUGGUGUGAGAGAGUACAUGUGCUUUGAGUGUGAAAAGACUUUUACUACAGCAAACUGUUUAAAACUGCACCAGAGAAUUCACACUGGAGAGAAACCUUACAAGUGUUCACACUGUGACAAGAGAUUCAGUCGGUCAACACAUCGGAAAACACAUGAGAGGAUUCACACUGGAGAGAAACCGUAUCACUGCACUGCAUGUGGGAAGGUUUUUAAUCAUUCAUCUUCUCUACGCAGUCAUACAAAAAAGAAGCACAGUAAGCAGAUCAUGUUCAGAUCCAGCACUUUCAGAUCUGAUGCUGCUUCCUCACCAAAUGUGACACAAUAAUGCAUCAAGCAAUAAAAUAUCAUCUGGAUAAAUCUGUCCUAACCAGACAUUACAAGUGACAUGACAAAGAAACAUUCUCUAAAGUUUUCAUAGUGAAUAAAGUUUAUCUUCAAAACCAUCAGAUUUAACUGAGAUUCAGAUCAAUUCAAAGUUCCUUCCCAAAGAACAAUCUCAAAAAGUUGUAUUCUUGUCUAUCAUUGCGCGUUCUUAUGAGUUUCAUAUUAUGUUCAUUUGUCUUAUAAUGCAUAUGUGUCACUUGUAAUUUGCUUACUCUUUCAUGAAGGAAAGUAGAAGCUUUUUACAAACUGUUCUUGUUCAGGAAGCUGAGGAAGAGACUGUAACACUUUUAAGAAAGACUGAAAUGUAUUGUUUAUUUGAAGAGUUUGGUUCCAAAACACUAUAAAUCCAUUUUGAUUAA